AUGGCAAGUUUAGCUCAUCCACAUCAAGUGUAUGGGUUUGGGAUACCAAAUGGAUUAGAUAUUCCACAAGCUGGUGACUUUGCUCCACAAUCAAAUCUCAGUCCAAGCGAUGCACAAAUGAAGCGAAAUGGACUUUCGUUUUCAGCAUCGAUCGGUCAAAGCGGUCAUCACCACAAUGUCAUGAUGGGCGGUGGUGGAAUGAAUGGACAAUCAUCACCAGGUCAAGAGGGUCACAUCAAACGUCCAAUGAACGCUUUUAUGGUUUGGAGUCGCAUGCAGCGUCGACAAAUUGCUAAAGAUAACCCCAAAAUGCACAAUUCAGAGAUCUCGAAACGAUUGGGCGCUGAAUGGAAAUUAUUGACAGAAAUGCAAAAGCGUCCAUUCAUUGAUGAAGCAAAAAGACUUCGUGCUAUGCACAUGAAAGAACACCCCGAUUAUAAGUCCCGUCCGAGACGUAAACCAAAGAAUCCAUUGGCACAACAAUCACAAAGUCUUUCAAUGAGUAUGCAACAACAAGCAAAGCAGUCAGCACUUCAGAGCUCGUACAAUCCAUUCCAUCCUCAACUGCCACCAUAUUUUGCUACUGCUGGCUCACAUCCACUUGAACAACAUUAUCCAGUUCCAUAUUUUAGUGGAUUUGAUCCUCUCGCAUUAUCAAAACUCUCAGCACAAACCAACAACAAUCAUCAAACUUCAAAUGCCAAUACAAUGAACCAAACACAUCAUCAAUCAAUGGACACGAGUAAAAUCGUCACAUCUACACCUUCAUUAGUUGGAUCAUUCUACUCGGGAUUGUAUAACAACAUUACAUCGCCUGCAGCUGCUCUUUAUUCACAAAUGCAUUCAAUGAACUCAAAUGUAGCCGCCGGUCUUUACACACCAUCGUCAGCUUCAAGUACAUCACCAGGAUCGAGUCCUAACACAGGCUCGCAAUCAGCUCUACCUGAUCUUGAUUCAUCGGUAAGAAGACCCGUUCCUGUUCUUUAUUAA